AUGGCACAAGCAGUAGAAGCAAUCAAACACACCUUUCUCGACACCAAAAAGGUCCGCGACCUUCAACGAGACACCGUCGAUGCCGUAAAGACGUCGACGGGCAUGACUACAGACCACGGCACUGCCGUACUCGACACCGACAAUUGGCUCAAAGCCACCGACGGCAAGUCUGGUCCUGGACCCUCGCUCCUCGAAGAUGAACAGGCGCGCCAAAAGAUCAUGCGCUUUGAUCACGAGCGUAUUCCCGAGCGUGUUGUUCACGCUCGUGGUGCUGGUGCACAUGGUCACUUCAAGCUUCACAAAGCCAUUCCUGAAUUCAGUUACGCCGGCGUGCUCAAUGACACGUCGCGUACUACACCCAUCUUCAUUCGAUUCUCCACUGUUCAAGGUUCUCGUGGCAGCGCGGAUACUGUACGCGACGUCAGAGGCUUUGCCGUCAAGUUCUAUACGGACGAAGGCAAUUGGGACAUCUUUCCAGAUAUUAUUCACGCUGUCAAGCCUGAACCCCAGAACGAAAUCCCAACUGGCCAAUCUGCCCACCCAUCAUUCUAUGACUUCAUUUCACUCACGCCAGAGUCAAUGCAUAUGCUCAUGUGGGUCAUGUCUGACCGCGCUAUCCCGCGCUCCUAUCGAACUAUGCAAGGCUUCGGAGUCAACACCUUUACACUCAUCAACAAGGAUGGCGAACGCUUCUUUGUCAAGUUCCAUUUCGAUCCUGAGCUGGGUGUACACAGUCUCGUUUGGGACGAGGCAUUGAAACUCAGUGGCCAAGAUCCCGACUUCCAUCGAAGAGACCUCGAGGCGGCGAUUCGCAAUGGCGCUUUCCCUAGAUGGACGUUUGCCAUCCAGGUCAUUCCCGAGGCGCAGGAGCACGAUUUUGAAUUCGACAUUCUUGAUGCCACCAAGAUCUGGCCCGAAGAAUUGGUUCCCAAGAUUCCAAUUGGAGAGAUUGUGCUCGACAGAAUGCCAGAUGAAUACUUCCCCGAGACGGAGCAGGUCGCAUUUUGUACUUCGCACAUCGUACCUGGUGUCGGCUUCUCAGACGAUCCCCUUCUCCAAGGCCGCAACUUUUCGUACUUUGAUACCCAGCUCUCGCGCCUGGGCGUAAACUGGCAAGAGCUUCCCAUCAAUCGCCCAAUUUGCCCAGUCAUGAACUUCCAUCGGGACGGCCAGAUGCGACACAGGAUCACAAAGGGUCCAAACUAUUGGCCCAACCGCUUUGGCACAGUUCCUCCACAGGCAGACGCCUUCAAGACACAAGGUUUCAUCCAAGAUUACCCUCAGAAAAUUCACGGUGUCAAGCAACGUCUACGCAGCAUCAAGUUCAACGAACACUUUAAUCAAGCACAGCUCUUCUACAACUCUUUGUCAAAGUGGGAGAAACAACAUCUCAUCGAUGCACUCUCGUUUGAGAUGAACAAGUUUGACGAGGGCGACAUUGUUGAUAAGAUGAUUGAUCGACUCGCACAAAUCGACAUGGAACUUGCUACACAAGUUGCUAGCAAUGCGGGUGGCACGGCUCCAAAGAGUGGCAAAGAGAACCAUGGGAAAAUGAGCAAGUUUUUGAGCCAGACCGCAUUCCCUCCGGCUAAGCCAACGAUCAAGAGCCGAAAGAUUGCCAUUCUCGUUGGUGACGGCUUUGAUCUAGCAGCCUAUGAAGGUCUCAAAGCUGCUUUGCUCUCCGGUAUGGCCGUGAUCAUGACUGUUGGGAACCGCAAGAGUCGCGUGACGUCCUCGUCUGGUAAAGCAAUCUCUCCAGAUUUGCACUUUGAGGGAGACCGGUCCACUGGGUACGAUGCGGUUGUGAUCCCGGGCGGCAAGCACGUCGAAGCGCUAAGCAAGAAUGGACGUGUAAUCCAUUGGAUCCGCGAGGCGUUCGGACACUGCAAGGCGAUUGGUGCAUUUGGCGAGGCUGUCGACCUACUCAAAGUCGCUCUGCCACUCCAGCAGCUUCAGUUUGCCGAGGACAACUCGAGCGAUGCAGUCGUGUGUUCGUAUGGCGUUGUGACGGCGCGUGCUUAUUCGUUCCCGUCCGCCCUGGCCGACUUGACAAUUGGCGAGGGCGAAAAGGGAUUCGUGGCCAACUUUUCGUACCAUGUCGCCCAGCACCGGUGUUAUGAGCGUGAACUAGACGGUUUGGUAUCGCUCGUGGCAUUCUAA